AUGAAGUUCUGUGCCAAUGACCCUGAAGUGUUUGUCCAAGCAGCGCUGUUGGCUCAGGAUUAUUGCGAUGCCAUAGACUUAAAUUUAGGUUGCCCCCAAAUGAUCGCAAAGAGAGGUCACUACGGAGCAUUCCUGCAAGAGGAGUGGCAUCUUCUUCAGAGAAUGAUUUUACUGGCUAACGAGAAGCUCUCUGUUCCCAUCACAUGCAAAAUCCGCGUUUUCCCAGAAAUUGACAAGACAGUGAAGUAUGCACAGAUGCUGGAGAAAGCUGGCUGCCAGCUGCUGACUGUGCACGGCCGUACUAAAGAACAGAAAGGACCCCUUGCUGGCGUGGCAUCUUGGGAGCACAUUCAAGCUGUCAGAAAAGCUGUGAGCAUUCCUGUAUUUGCAAAUGGAAACAUCCAGUGUCUCAGUGACGUGGAAGAAUGUAUCCGUAAGACGGGAGUUCAUGGUGUCAUGAGUGCAGAAGGUAAUCUUCAUAACCCAGCUUUGUUUGAGGGCCGAAACCCAUUGGUGUGGGAGAUGGCUGAGGAAUAUCUGGAGAUAGUGCAGAAGUACCCUUGUCCAUUGUCUUAUGUUAGGGCUCAUCUCUUCAAGCUCUGGCAUCACACGCUUCAAGUUUACCAGCAGCUGCGUGAAGAAUUAGCAAAAGUGAAGACUCUAGAGGGCAUUGUAGAUGUCAACAGGGAGCUGAAACUACGAUGCCAGGAAGAAAUAGCUAAUCAGAAAGAAGGAGAAAAGCCAAAAGAAGGGUUGCCUUUUUUCCACUGGAUCUGUCAGCCAUACAUCAGGCCAGGGCCAAAGGAGAGGUGCAAGGAGAAUGGAGCGAGUGGGACUGAAAAAGGCGUGCGAGGGAAACGCGCUCUGGAAGAGGAGGAAGAUGGAAAUUCUGAACUUCUGUCAAAGAAUAAGCAAAAAAAGAAGUUGAGAAAUCCAAAUAAAAGCUUUGAUCCAUCUUUAAAACCCAAAUAUGCAAAAUGUGAUCAAUGUGGAAACCCUAAGGGCAAUAAAUGUGUGUUUAACAUGUGCCGAGGCUGCUGUAAGAAAAGAGCGUUCAAAGAGACGGCCGACUGUCCGGGUCAUGGAUUACUUUUUAAGACCAAAUAUGAAAAAUCCCUUUCAUGGCAGAGUAGUCAAACAGUAAUUCAAAAGGCAGAGCUCAGUCGGAGAGGAGCUGUAGCCGUGGGGGAGGCUGCGGCACUGAAGGAGGCUGGUGACAGCGCAGUGUGACCCUUUGGAGAUGAACAGUAAGGAGCUCCCGCCAGGCCUGCGCUUCCCUGGGCCAAAGAACGCGCCGUCUCCAGCUCACCGUCAGCUGCGUGAACUUGUUCCACACGUUUAUUUUAAGUUCUGGAAAAGU